CAUCUUAAUUAAAUGAUGACGUCAGAUGUGCUCGGGAGCGUGAUGAAGGAAAAGUGUAAGGAGGCAACUUCUAGAUUUUUAACAGCUAAUUAUUCCUUCGAAUCGGUAUUUAACGCUUUAACCAAAAGAAAAAACAUAGAUGGCACCACGCAAAAAUCAAGUUGGAGCCAUUCAUUUUUUAAACAGGCUGCAACAACCAGUGAAGGAAAUUACACAGAAUUAUGCCAUCCUUCCUACGUUAGUUCCUCCGAAAAUCAAAAUUUUCUCGAAGCUGAUCUACGUUGCCUUUUUAAAGAAGAGAAUGGAGCUUCAGAGAAAGAAGCGAACGUCAGUCCUUCAAACAGCAAAAGGACCUUGGUCAAACCAACAGAAGACUUAAUUGGCAUCCAUCGUAACCAUCUCCUCCAACAAGAAUUAAGAGCUCAUCGAAGCAAGAGUCUAUCGCAGAUAGACUGUUUAGAAGGAGAUAACUCGGUGAAAAUAGAUAACAUGGAGUCAAAAUCAGAACCAAACAGCACUACAGCUCCAGCACCAAAUUACGCUAGUGAUAGAUUGCUGGUUCCUUCUCAUAUUGACGAUAUCGAAGCUAGAAACAGAGCCAGAGGAAUGCAAAGGAUGUCGAGUAAAGAAUAUUUCCGAGUGAGUUUCGAGAUGGCUUCCGAUCUUCCAGAUGAAGUUAUCCCAGCCGCUCAUGGAAUUGCUCUCAGAGAAGCGUUACAAGGAUUAUUGGAGUAUAGAGGGAUAGAUAUCAACGAGGUGAAUAUAUUUUUAGACUCUUCUAGUACUCCUCUACCCCUUCAAUUCGAAACUUUUCGUUUGGGAGGACAUCACUUAACAGUUAAAGCCAAAGAAAGUAUUGAAGGAGGACAUAUCACAAGGACAAAUAGCACAGGAAGUUGUGGAAGUGGAAGGACAAAUGUUUCUAAUAGCUCAGGAAAGGAUGACAGGAAAGAAAGAAAGGUUUCAGGAAGCCAAAGAGGCAGAAGAAAUGCCGUAAUGACUUCGACUGAAGAUUUAGUAGGCGAAGCAUUGUAUUCUAGUUUCAGUGGUUCUCAGGAUGGUUCAUGGAAAUCAAAUAAAUCUAAGCAGUUACAACAGAGGCGAGGUGGAAUAUUUUCAAACCCUUUCAGAAGUGAUAGAGAGAAAAUGGAAACAUUGACAGAACUAUUAAAUCAAUACAGUCAACAUGGAGUUCCUGAGCUUCAUGGCCUUUUAACAUUCUCAUCUUAUUGUGAACAUCAAGACGAUUUAUAUCAGUUAGAAGAUCAUUGGAGUCAGAUUGUAGAAAAUGUACAGGAAUUAUCAAAAAGAAAACAAAAUCAGCAAGAUGCCAUUUGGGAAAUGCUCAGCACAGAAGUGUUUUAUAUAAGAAGACUAAAAGUCAUCAUUGAUUGGUGCGAAACACAGAAGGAUUGUGAACGCUUACGGCUUGUAGAUCUUUUGGUGAAACCAAUGCAAAGGUUAACAAAAUAUUCUUUAUUACUGAAAGUUAUUCAUAAAAAGACAGAUAACGAAGAACAUAAAUCUGCCCUCUUAGAAAUGAAUGAAUGUGUUGAAAACUUUGUUUGUGGAGUUGAUGCCACACUUCGUCAACGUCAUGAACAGGAACGAUUAGCAUCUAUAAUUGGUCGCAUAGAAAGUUAUAAACUCUCCAUUGAAAGUAAUAAUGAUGAACUUGAAAAAAUCAUAAAAGAUAAUUGUUUUCUUGAUCUGACAUGUCAAAUGCCUGGCUGUGGAAACCAACAAAGCAGGCAAUUACUUUUAGAAGGCACUGGUUUCAAAUUAAAAGAUCCGCCUUCAAGCAAACAAAUUGAUGUACAGUGUUUUCUGUUUACGGAUAUGCUCUUAAUCUGUAAAGCAACUGGAAAGAAAGGUGAUAAAGUAAGAGUUAUUCGUCAGCCAUAUAUUGUUGAUCGUUUAGUUUUACAAGAAUUAAAAGAUGGUAGUGGAUUAUUAGUGGUAUAUCUAAAUGAGUAUAAGGUUGCUACUACAGCCUUCUUAUUGUAUACCAAUGAAUCAAAGCAUUGGUUAGAUAAUAUACGGAGAGCUCAGGAAUUAUAUAAAGAAGCAAAAUCAGCAGCUGCUUCUGAGAGACCACAAUUAGAAUUCUUGAAACCAAUUGAAGAAGAAGAUUAUGAUUUUCCUUCAAUGGCUUUAUUGUCUGCUCGUUCUCCUCGAAGUUCAAGCCGAUCCAGUCUUGUUCAUUCACACAGUGGUUCUAUAGAUAUGAACGAUACAUCAAAUAAUCUUCAAACAGCUAUUAGUCCUUCAAUAGACUUACAAGCCUUUUUUAUAGGUAGUUUCUGUCCCAGACACCCUGUAUAUAAAUUAUUAUUAAAAGCAAAAUUACAUAUUAAUAAUCAAUUUUUGUUUCAGGAAUUAUAUAAAGAAGCAAAAUCAGCAGCUGCUUCUGAGAGACCACAAUUAGAAUUCUUGAAACCAAUUGAAGAAGAAGAUUAUGAUUUUCCUUCAAUGGCUUUAUUGUCUGCUCGUUCUCCUCGAAGUUCAAGCCGAUCCAGUCUUGUUCAUUCACACAGUGGUUCUAUAGAUAUGAACGAUACAUCAAAUAAUCUUCAAACAGCUAUUAGUCCUUCAAGUGGUCAACCUCAAGCCAAAGCAAUUAGUAUUGAGUUAGGAGAAUUAAGAAAUCCUAGUUUAACCUGUGAUGAUGGAUCACAGAUUCGUGCCAAAAGUAUGGAAACAUGGUUAAGUGGUCCAAUUAGUGUGACUGUAACAUCUCCCAGACCAGAGAGACGAGCUUUCUUCUUGCGAGGAGCAGGAGGAAAUAUAGCAUCAAAUACUUUAUCUGUUGGCACACCAUAUCAAAUGGGAGAAACAGCAGAUCGCAUAUCACCUCCGUCAAUUCAGGUGCCUACGGUAAUAAAUCUUCCAAAGACUUGUGACUCAGUUCGAGGUAGUUCAAAUAAUGGCAGCUUACAGCGUGGUAGCAGUGCUAUUGCAAAACCACCUCUCUUAAAAACUAAAAAUGUGAGCAAUGCAGCCAGCGUUGUUGUUCAUUUGCCAAAUAAUGGACAAAAUACUGAAAGUGAGAAAUUAUAUGCAAGUAAUACUGAAUCUCUAAGACCACGCUUAAUUGAAACAGAAGAUGAAAAUAGGUGUAAAGUAAUUAAUAAAAGGACUUGUCGUGCUGAAAGAAGAUAUCAUACAGCCGAUUCUAUUGAAAAUAUCAAAAAAGAAAAAGAUAGUAGUAUACAUAAAAGAUUAUCUUGGAAUUAUGGUCAACAUUCUACAGGUAGUCUAUGUACUUACUGUGAAAAAACAAAGAAUAAGCAUUUAUCACAGUGUUUGAGUAUGGAAUCAGUUCAUAGUUCCAGUGGUGUUAGUAGUAAUACUUCUCUUCAUCUUAGUGCUGGCAGCAUGGAUUAUGAUGGGGGUUUUGAAGGCUCAGAUAUUCUUGAAGAAGAUACUGACCAAGCAGAUGAUGCAAAAGAGUUAGAAAUGGUGAAUGGAGGACAUUGCACAUGCUCAGCAUUAAAUAAUCCUGCAGAAAAGAUGACAGUCGGUCCUCCUGGGUCAAAUAUCAAGAUAGAUGUGAGUGAAGUAAGGGAUGGGAUAUCUUCUGUACAAAUAGCUGAAAAUGGUGGUUGUUUAGCACACAAUAAACCUUCCAAAGUUGAUCUUCGAAGGAUGAAAGAGUUUCUCCUUACAAAUUGCAGCGUGGAAGCUUCGGAAGUGUGACUUAAAUAAUGGAUGACUUCUUGGUAUCAGCUUCUUUCUUGUUAACUGGAUGGUCACCAGUUAACGAAGAAUGCCCUAGAGCAUGGAGAUGUUGAGGCUCUGCUCUGGCAUUACUCAUCACAGAAUAGUUUGAGUUCGUGUGGUCGACAACACUACAAAAAAAAAUAAUAAUAAAUACAUAAAUAAAUAUCUGGAGAAAGCAUCAUGUCCGAUUCUAGGCGUGAAAUAUUAUAUCUUUAAGAGAAUAUGCCUUAUAAAGCAAUGGUUGUGCUGUAUUAUCUUUAAAAUGCAGAUUAUAUAUAUAUUUAAAAAAAUAAGAUUUUAAGAAGUUUAUUUGUACAGUUCACCUGUGAUUUUAAAAGAAUAAUUAAUAAUAAUAAUAAUAAUAAUAAUAAUAAAUGAUGCAAGAUUCAAUCGAUGCACUUAAAAAAAACAAUUUAUCUUAACUUUUAUCACGUACAUUUGUAUAGAAUGCCCAUAUUUUUUUGCCAAGAAUACUGAUCACAUAAAUAAAUUUAUUGUGAUUUUUCGCGAUUACUCAUUUUGUUUUUUCAAAAAUUCAAAAUAAAAA